AUGUCAUUUUCUGCAUCUCAACUUUUUGAUCUCUCAGGACGAGUGGUUCUAGUGACGGGAGGUGGCACAGGAUUAGGAAAGAUAUUCACCAAGACUUAUGUUGAGAAUGGUGCAUCAAAGGUUUUCAUUACUGGUCGUAGAAUAGACAAGUUGAAGGAGACAGCGGACGAAAUCAAUAGUCUUGGUCAUUCUGGGGUCGUGGUUCCUAUUGUAGGAGAUGUAGCGUCUAAAGAUGGAAUUAAAGAUCUUAUUAGAGAUAUCAAUGCUGCUACCGACACUCUAGAUAUUCUUGUCAACAAUGCCGGAAUUCUCAGUCCAGUUGAGUCUCCUCGUACCGGAGCCUCGAUUGAUGAGUUGGAAUCACCUGAAGAGUAUGCUACUCGAGUAGCAGAGGGUAAUUACGACGGAUGGGUAGAUUCGGUAAAAAUAAACAGUAUUGCACCUUAUUUCCUCACAAUUGGCCUACUACCAUUGUUGGCAGCUGCCGCAAAGAAAGGAGAGGGUCGGGGAAACGUUAUUGUCGUCACAUCUAUUGCUGGUCUUAGUUACUCUACACCCAUGCCAGCUUCCUACCAGUCAUCCAAGGCUGCGGCUAUAAGUGUUACCAAGGGUCUAUCAACAAGGCUUUCUCCUUAUGGCGUUCGAGUUAAUUCUGUUGCACCAGGAAUUUUCCCCACAGAUAUGUCAGGUGGUCUUCUAAGUGAGAAGUUAAAGCAGACUAUACCUAUGCAAAAGUUUGGUGAACCUGAAGAGAUAGCUGGACUUGUGUUGUACCUGUCAUCGAAAGCCGGUAGUUAUUCCCAUGGAACAAACCACGUCAUUGAUGGUGGUCGUCUGUUAACUGUUCCAGCUUCUUAA